AUGCCCCAGGCCUGGUGCGCUGCCGAAACUCAGUACGCCAUGCAACUCAGAUCACGUUCUUGGAUGUUAGUCCUCAUCUUUACUCUCAAUAUCCUAGCCUGUGAAGCUGGAUGGAUAAGCAAGUUUCAAUGCGGUUCGUCUGAGUUACGUGACCCACGGGAUACCCCAUUCCGAAUCGAUAGCCUCCGUGGUAAAUUUGAGAGCCCGACAAUAUUUUCAUUAUCAAUACUGGCGAUCCACAACACGACAUAUUUCACAUGUAGCAACAUCGACCUACCGUUGCGUGAGACUUCCUUUCGCUUCCAUGUGCUCGGUAUCCCAGUUGGGCAUAUGGAAAGCUUUCACAGCCAGUGCCCUCUACCGAUAACUGAGACCCUGACACCUCCGGAAGGCACACUUUUCUCAAAUUACGAGAUCUUGUACUCUUUUGGAAAUGCCCAUCAGCUCCAAACUGCCGUUGCAGAGAUCAAUUUCAGGACACAAGAUGGUGCCCAGCUCGAUUGUGUAGUAGCUAAGAUCACCCCGAAGAUCGGCACAGCAGCCUCUGUGAUACUCACGUAUCUCCCUGCUGUUGUGAUGGCCCUGGUUGGUGUUGCUUCAUGGAAGACACAUGCAAAUGACGCGCUGAGAUGGAUUUCCUUAAUUGAAAGCAGGGCCACCUGGUCUAUUCUGGGUCCAAUGUGGGAAAUCAUUUCCGAUAUAGCUGGCUAUUUACAGUAUCUGCAGUUCAUCUUUCUGGCUGGCUCGCUUACUUUGAAGUACCCUGGAUUCUAUCAACCGAUAGUCAGCCAAGUGGCUUGGUCUUCGCUUCUAUAUUGGACGGGCCCCAUCAAUCAUGGUUUUACUUAUCCUGGAGUGGAAGAUGGCAUGUAUGUCACCAAUGGGUCUUACGGGCUUGAGUUCAUGUCUCAAACGCUUGGCUUUCCUCAGAUGCCAGAUAUCACGAUUGAUUCAUUUGUCAACCUCUCAAUUCUCCUCUUCGCUGUCGUUAUCAUUUCUUUGAUCCUGUGUCUGAUAAUAUCACGACUCAAUGGGGGUUCCACCUGA